AUUUCUUGAUCUCUCUCUGCUUUUUGGUUUCACAAAUUCAGGUAUAAGAGAGAGAGACAGAGAGAAGGAGUCAAGCAAGGAGAGCUCAUCGAUCCUAAAGACUCUCUCUCUCUCUCUCUCUCUCUCUCUCUGGGCUUCUGCAGUAGUGAAUACAAAAGCCAGCGAAAGACUCUCCCCUUCACAAAUCUGUCGCCAUGAUGUCCUUGAAUAGAAGCUGUUUUCUGGGGAACCCGGGCAUUUCUGGGUCUUCAAGCCCGUUCUCUCAGAGCCAGAAGAGGCGGUCAGCAUCGCUAAAAGUGGUGGCUGUGGUCCCAAAAGUCCGGACAGGCGACCGAAACGGUAGCGUUGUGAUGGAGAACGCAUUGCAGGAGGUGAAGGCCGAAUCCGAGGUGGUUGAGCUGAAAUCUACCGUCCAUGGUGGGGUACAAGACGUGUACGGUGAGGAUACUGCCACCGAGGACCAACUCGUCACGCCUUGGAGUAUCUCGGUUGCUAGUGGAUAUACGUUGAUACGAUCUCCACACCACAACAAAGGUCUUGCUUUCACAGAGAAAGAGAGAGAUGCCCACUACUUGCGUGGUCUUCUUCCCCCAGUUGUUAUUUCUCAAGAACUUCAGGUUAAGAAAAUGAUCAACAGUAUCCGUCGGUAUCAAGUUCCACUGCAGAAGUAUAUCGCUAUGAUGGAUCUUCAGGGGAGAAAUGAAAAGCUAUUCUACAAGCUUCUUAUUGAACAUAUUGAGGAAUUACUUCCAGUUGUCUAUACUCCUACUGUCGGUGAAGCUUGCCAGAAAUAUGGAAGCAUCUUUACGCAACCACAGGGUCUUUUCAUAAGUUUGAAAGAAAAGGGCAAGAUUCUUGAAGUAUUGAGGAACUGGCCUGAGAAGAAUAUUCAAGUCAUUGUUGUCACUGAUGGAGAGCGGAUCCUAGGGCUCGGGGAUCUUGGCUGUCAUGGAAUGGGUAUUCCUGUGGGUAAACUUGCUCUAUACACGGCACUUGGAGGAGUUCGUCCUUCUGCUUGCUUGCCUGUAACCAUUGAUGUUGGUACAAACAAUGAGAAGCUGUUGAAUGAUGAGUUCUACAUUGGGCUGAGGCAAAAAAGGGCUACUGGGCAGGAAUAUGCCGAACUCCUACAUGAGUUCAUGACUGCAGUCAAGCAGAAUUACGGGGAGAAAGUUCUCGUUCAGUUUGAAGACUUUGCAAACCACAAUGCUUUUGAACUGCUUGCAAAGUAUGCCUCAACUCAUCUUGUUUUUAAUGACGACAUUCAGGGGACAGCGUCCGUAGUUCUGGCCGGGCUUCUUGCAGCUUUGAAGUUAGUAAAGGGAUCUUUAUCUGAACACAGAUUUUUAUUCCUUGGUGCUGGAGAGGCCGGCACUGGCAUAGCAGAACUCAUUGCCCUUGAAGUUUCCAAGCAGACAAAUACCCCAGUGGAAGAGACCCGCAAGAACAUUUGGCUUGUGGACUCAAAGGGAUUGAUUGUCAGUUCUCGGCUGGAUACACUCCAACACUUUAAAAAGCCCUGGGCUCAUGAACAUGAACCAGUCAGGGAACUUGUAGAUGCUGUUAAGUCAAUCAAGCCAACGGUGUUGAUUGGAACGUCAGGAGUAGGAAGAACGUUCACUAAAGAAGUGGUUGAGGCUAUGGCCUCCCUGAAUGAGAGACCUAUUAUUCUCGCUCUUUCCAACCCAACAUCACAAUCUGAAUGUACUGCAGAAGAAGCAUAUACAUGGACUGAGGGUCGUGCCAUGUAUUGUAGUGGAAGCCCAUUCCCACCAGUUGAAUAUAAUGGGAAGGUUUACUAUCCCGGCCAGGCAAACAAUGCAUACAUCUUCCCUGGAUUCGGUCUGGGUUUAAUAAUGUCUGGUACUAUCCGUGUUCAUGACGACAUGCUUCUGGCAGCCUCGGAAGCGUUGGCUUCAAUGGUGACCCAGGAAGAUUUUGACAAGGGACUCAUAUACCCUCCAUUCACAAACAUCAGAAAGAUUUCGGCGCAUAUUGCUGCUAAAGUAGCUGCGAAAUCAUAUGAACUUGGUUUGGCUACUCGCCUCCCCGAGCCAAGAGAUCUGGAGAGGUAUGCUGAAAGCUGUAUGUACAGCCCUUCCUAUCGAAGUUUCCGGUGAAGUGUUUGAAGUUAUCUCGGUUGGUUGUACUGGGGUCAAGAACUAGAGUUGAAAAGGAUCGAUUAUUUUGUCUGUUUUGAUUGUUUAUUUGUUUCUGGUUUUUGCCUUCUCAUUGGUUCUGUUAUUAUGUAACCUAUAUGGUAGAUGAGAAGAAGCAUCGGUGCAGUGCAGGUAGUUGGGUUGGGUCAGGAGUCAAAUUAUAGUUUGAAAAAUGUUGCAACCCUCAAUUUACCUGGAAUAAACCUCAAGUUACUCUUCA